AUGAGGCUGCUGGCGAUCCAGGGGUGGGCCAUUACGAACACCCAGCUAACAAGAUUCGGCUUGGAAGAUUACGCAAAGCAGUUGGCGUUCCUUCCAGAUUUCACGGAGGAUUCCAACACGAUCAUUGACUACGGAGUACCGAAUGUCAAGAACUUGUGCUUGACGACUGAUCAGCAAGAACGACUGGUCGCUACGCUGAAGAAGAGCGAACGAAUCCUCAUUGCCAGUGGCAACGCUUUACCGCCACACGGUGUGGUAUGUGACAUCGACACACAAGGGCACGCCCCACUUAAACAGCGUGUGUCGCUCUGCUACCUCGGCAAGCUGUACAAAUUGUUAAGAGCCUUGCUUAAAGCUGGGCUCAUCAUUUUCUCGGACAGCCCAUGGGCGGCGCCGAUUGUGCUUGUGAUGAAAAAGAAUGCUCUGGAUAUACGGCUCUUCAUCGAUUACAAGAUUGUGAACGUCAUCACCGGAAUCAUGGAGUAUGCGAUGCCGUUAGUGGAUGACUUGCUGACAAAUCUUGAGAUCUACCUAUGGUUCUGCUCGCUGGAUGCUGCUAGCGGCUUCGGGGCCAUCACGAUGACACUACGAGCGCGUAAAGUGUCUACGUUUGCUGGCGGCUCCCGUACGGGAACCGAGCUACAAGACUACUUUGGUCGCUCUGGGAGCGGGAUAUCAAACAUUUUCUUGCACACGUUGAAUUUUCUCGAUGUCAAGUAUAAGAGAUUACUAGCAUUUGGCGGUCACAUUGCAGCUACACGACUUUGUGUGUACGCAAAUGCAAUCUUUGAAGCAGGAUCCCCGUACACGAACAUUUGGAGCUUUAUUGACGGCGCCGUUCGAGGUAUUUGCCGUCCACAGCCAAGGCAAAAUGGCACUGGUAAGAUGUUGAUGCAGCAAUCCGUUUACAAUGGUCACAUGCGCAAGCAUUGUCUCAAAUUUCAGACUCUAGCCACCCCCGAUGGACUUAUUAUCCAUCUAUUCGGACAAUUCCCAGGCCGCAACCACGACAUUAAGAUGUUUGCCAAAUCCGGCCUGGCUGAAAAGGUUCGUAGCGAUUCUCGUUUCGUUGACUACCGAAUUUUUGGUGACUGUGCUUAUGGCCGAGACGAUGUGAUGCUGAGCCCGUUCGAAGGCGCAGUUGGAAAUCUUACAGAGGCGCAAAAGGAUAUUAACAGCAAGAUUAGCAAGGUCAGAGUGUCUGUCGAGUGGUCUUAUGCUCAAGUGGUGAACUAUUGGAAAACGCUGGACGUCAAGUCAAAUCUUCGUGUCGGUACACAACCUGUUGGACAAAUGUAUCGCGUUGGUAUCUUAAUGACCAAUUGUAUCACAUGCAUUCGUGGAGGAAAUACUGCAAGCGACUACUUCAGUGUCAAACCACCAGAUAAUAGAGAAUAUUUGAGGACAAACAGGAAUUAG